AUGGCUACUGCAACAACUGUGGCAUCUGGCUCGCUGCCGACGCCGAUACACUUGCCCAGAGUCACGAUCAAGUUCUGCACGCAGUGCAAGUGGAUGCUCAGGGCGGCUUAUUACGCUCAAGAGCUUCUCUCCACAUUCUCAACAGCACUUGGCGAGGUCGCACUUCAGCCUUCCACAGGCGGGGCAUUUAUCCAGCACCAUCACCAUCACCAGCAGCAUCAGUCUAUCACAACACAGCACCGCGUGCUCUGGGACCGCAAAGUCGAUGGCGGAUUCCCCGAGGCCAAAGAGCUCAAGCGGCGCGUGCGGGAUGUCAUCGAGCCCGGGAGAAGCCUGGGCCACGUCGACAAGGAUUACCCGAAGGAUUCGGCCACGGGAUCAGGCGCACUUGGGGAAGAAACGAAGCCAUCCGUCAGGUUGGGGUCCUCUGCUGCUACUGCUGCGAAUAAGGUGCGUGUCAAGGAGGAUUGUGAGGACUGCAGGUGA